AAAACACGACGCCUUUCCACAGGAAACCAGUAGGUUGUUGGACACAACAGAGUGGACACCCACUUGUGAAGAACCAUGUCCGUGGAGACUUUAGCCACAUUCUGCCUUCUUCUACUCAUAAUCUCAUCGACAGUGGCCCAGGAUUGCCCCCAACCUUGUGCCUGCCCUGCAGACCACCCUCCCUGCCCAGUAGGAACCAGCUUGGUGCUGGAUGGAUGUGGUUGCUGUAAAGUGUGUGCCAGGCAGUUUGGCGAGCCCUGCACCUCGUUGGAGCCCUGUGACCACCACAAGGAGCUCUACUGUGACUACGCACUGCUGAGUGACACUGACACUGGCAUCUGCAUGGCUCAAGAUGGUCAACCAUGUGAUCUGGGUGGCGUCAUCUACCACAGUGGAGAGUCCUUCCAACCCAGCUGUAAACACCAAUGCGUAUGCAUGAACGGCGAGAUUGGUUGCGUGGCCACAUGUCCCAGUAAGGUCCGGGUGCCCUCCCCUGAUUGUCCAUACCCUCGCUCCAUCCAAAUUCCAGGAAAGUGCUGUGAAGAGUGGGUGUGUGACCAUACGCCACAAGACUACCACUACCAGUCAGUGAUGGGCGAGCCUUCUCAGGUCCAUCCUCUACCCUCCUUACAGCCCAUUUCAGGCAUCACUGAAGUGUCCCUUCCUGCGCUAGAAACGGAGAGUCCCAGAGAUAACUGUAUAGUCCAAACAACGGAGUGGAGUGAGUGCUCUGCCACAUGUGGCAUGGGGGUGUCAUCCCGCAUCACCAACGAUAACCAUCGCUGUCAGCUGGAAAGACAGACCAGAAUAUGUAUAAUCAGAACCUGCAACAGCCAGCAGGAGAAAGAAAUUAAGAGGGGUAAAAAAUGUGUGCGCACACCGAAGACACAAACAGGGAUGCGGUUCGAACUGUCAGGAUGCUACACCACCAGAACAUACAAACCAAAGUUCUGCGGUGUUUGUACGGACAACCGAUGCUGCUCACCACACAUCACCAUCACUGCCGAGGUGAAGUUCCGAUGCCCGGAGGGAGACGUCUUUAAGAAAAAAAUGAUGUUUAUAAAGACUUGCUCCUGCCACUAUGACUGCCCACGACCCAACGACAUCUUUCUUGCGUCCAACACGCGGAGGAUGAUCGGAGACUACGACCACAGUAUGUGAUACUGGUCCUGAAAAGCUUUUGCACUCAUGUUUCUUUUUGCCUCAACCUGACUCAACUAAAAUGUAAUCUUAAAGUAGCAUAAAUCAUAAUAAUUCCUUUGAGAUGAUACUCUAAAAAGUACAGUAUUCAACAGAGGACAAUACAGCUGGAAGACCUUUUUAUGACACAGAUUGUAGUGUGGAAGGCAGAAGCUAAAUAGAUGAGUAUUUAGCACACAUCGCCUUAAUAAGUGAAUCUGACAAGGGUUAGCACUGACUUCUAAGCCCCUCGGAAUCUUAAUUCUGCUCAGUGGCCUUGUGGUUACAUUGUCCGCCCUGAGAUCGGUAGGUCGGGAGUUCAAAGCCCAACCGAGUCAUACCAAAGACUAUAAAAAUGGGACCCGUUACCUCCCUGCUUGGCACUCAGCAUCAAGGAUUGGAAUUGGGGGUUAAAUCCCGAGCGCGGCCACCACUUCUGCUCACUGCUCCCCUCACCUCCCAGGGGGUGGGACCAGGGGAUGGGUCAAAUGCAGAGAGUAGUUUCACCACACGUAGUGUGUGUGUGACUAUCGGUGGUACUUUUACUUAACUUUAUACAUGUAGUGGUACCUCGGUUUACGAGUUAAGGUCAAAUCAACAUUUGCCAUUUAAAUGAAUUAAAACACCACUCUUUUAAAAUGUAACAUGCUUUUAAAUAUGAAAAACGGACUUAUAGAUAACAAAUCAUAUCACAAACAAUACAAUAGACUGUCCUACAAACAAUUACAGUAGUUUUAUUAAGUAAUGUAAUAAUAAUGUACAGCAUUUGCCCUGGAGAGUUGAGUUCUAUUAUCUUCUGCAAGCUAGUCCAUCAAAGGCACCAACAGCUUCUUAAUAUUCUCAUGUUUAAAUGUCGUUUAGAAAUGAUUGUACCGCCCUUGACUCACAUUAUUGAAACCUUUUAUCGACUUCCUCUGCACAAUUUUCAGAAGGGUGCUUCACCAAGUCGGCCACAGGCAAACCUCGAACAAUGUUUUCGUGAUGUUUUGUCAGAAGAAUCAGGAUUCUGACUUAUUACGAUUCGGAACCUAUUCAAAGUGAUAGAAGGUUGUUUUUUUUAGGGCAUCUUUGGGCUUUAUCGCUGCGCUUACACUGUACAUGUACUGGUACCUCGGCUUAUGAGUUAAGGUCAAAUCAACAUUUACCAUUUUAAUAAAUUAAAACACCACUCUUUUAAAAUGUCACAUGCUUUUAAAUAUAAGAAAAACAGACUUCUAGAUAACAAAUUAUAUCACAAACAAUACAAUAGACCAGGCCUGGGCAAUUAUUUUGACUCAGGGGCCAAAUUUAGAGAAAGAAAUGUGUCUGGGGGCCGGUAUAUCUAUUUUUAGGAAAACUAAUACAAAACCUCACACUGAAGCCUGAUUGAAUGCUAAAAAUUUUAUGACAGACCACCUUAAAAACUGAAUGGAAUUUUUAUUUUUUCUAUGAACGAUAAAACCCUGAAUAUUGAGAACAUAUGAACGUCACACCCCCUCUCAAUCGACAUAUUUUACAAUCAAGCCAAAUGCAACAAAAAUGCAACAAACACAGCGAAAUAUGAACGUGAAGGGUAAAAAAACAAAAAACAUCUACAAUCUGAUAUAUGUGUGAUAUAUCACUAAGCUUUACAAUUUUCUUGUAAGAAUCUCCUUCCACGUCUGUCCCUGACACCCACAUUUCAGGCUGGCCGCUCUGGAAACACUCUGUGGAAACGCUCCCCACCCACACCACCAGCCACACCCUAAGAUUUUUUUGUUAAAAUAAAGCCAAUAAUGCAAUUUUUUCUGGUCCCCUUUUUUUUUAGAAAAGUAUCGAAAAGUACCGAAAAGAAUCAAAAUAAUAUUGGUAUCAGGACAACACUAGUCACUAAAAUAUCAUGCAAAAGCGCGGAUUCCAACCAUUGAAAUAUGUUGUAUAGUUCGAGACUUAUGGUAAUUUGAAAACA